GUAAAGAGGCGGUGGAGAGGUAUGCGUUGCGUCAUCAUUAUGCGACGAGACUAAAGCGCGCGACGGUUUAAAACGUUUGUAAAUGUUGUGUAUGUUUUCGUGUGUUUGACCACAAACUUAUAAAAAAUAGUCAUGUUAAAGAAGGCACCGAGAUCAGUUCUCAAAUCGCACAUGAAAAAGAAAUCGGACAUACGGAUUGGAAAAAACGCAGACUUGAUGGUCCAGCUGAAUCUGCUGCUUGUCUUACAUCGGCUGGCAGAAGAGUCCAGAAUCAAGGCCUUUGAGGAGAAAACGGCUACUAUCAAAGUGCACCACGUCAAAGCUGUUGCGAAGAAACUGUUGAAGAGCACACGAGGAUGAGGUGGACCACAUUGCUUCCUCUGUGAGCCUGAAGCUGCACAGAGCCCAUAUUCUGAGAGAGCCCAGGUAUCCAGUGCACUCCAGACUCAACCUCUCGCUGGGGCCAGGACACAUGAGUCUUGCCAUGGGUCAACAUACGCUUACCAUUUACUCAUCUUUACCUUCAAGACUUUCUUCUCUUUUUGAAUUUGACUUAGUAGUUCUAACAUGUGCAACCUGCAAGAUAGUGUUCAAACACUCCCUCUAAGAUUAAUUCCCAGUGGAGAUUCCCCGUGUUCACUUUUCCUCUCCAUUACUGUUGACCUCUUGCUUUUGAUUGGUGUUGGGAAAUAGCUGUGUAUAAACGUUUGGCCCGUGACUGAUGAUAUCAGGCCUGAAUAUCCGUAGCCACAAAUGUUUUCCUCCUGUAUUUUGGAUUUUUAUUUGUACUUAAUGUGUUAAUAAACAAUUUUUGCCACUUAA